AUGUCAAGAAGAAGAGUAGGUGGUAAACCAAAACCAGCUGGUAAAGCAGCUGCCGGUAAGGAUCACCAUACCCAAUUUUUGGAAGCUUUGAAAUUGUACGAAGGAAAACAAUAUAAAAAGUCUAUCAAGCUUUUAGAUACUAUAAUGAAGAAACAAAUUACUCCAGAUUUUUUGGCAUUGAAGGGUUUAAACCAUUAUUUUCUUGGUGAAAAGGAAGAAGCUUCUGAUUAUAUCGGGCAAGCCACCAGCAAGAUUGAUGGUACAAAGGCCUCUGCUAUCUGUUGCCAUCUUCUAGGCAUUUAUAAGAGAUCGGUAAAGGAAUACAACGAGUCAAUUAAAUGGUUCCAAGCUUCUCUUGAUAACGGUUCUACCAACAAACAAAUUUACAGAGAUUUGGCUACUUUACAAUCCCAAGUUGGUGAUUUUAAGACUGCGUUGAACUCUAGAAAGAAGUACUGGGAAUCGUUUGUCGGAUAUCGUGCUAAUUGGACUGCUUUAGCCAUUGCUCAGGAUAUCAACGGUGAAAGACAACAAGCUGUCAACACUUUAUCUCAAUUUGAAAAACUGGCCCAAGGUAAGAUUAGUAAUGCUGAAAUGUAUGAACAUAAUGAAUGUUUGAUCUAUAAAAAUGACAUUAUGUAUAAAGCAGCUGGUGACAAUCCUGAUAAACUGAAGAAUGUUUUACAUCAUCUGGAUGAUAUUGAACCAAAUGUAUUUGAUAAGUUUGGUCUUCUAGAAAGAAAGGCUUCUAUCUACAUGAAGUUGGGUCAAACCAAGGAAGCUUCUUUAGUCUAUAGAACGUUGAUCAAGAGAAAUCCAGAUGACUUCAAAUAUUACAAGUUAUUAGAAGUUUCCUUGGGCAUCACAACCAAUAAUAAACUAAGAAAGGUUUUAUAUGAAAAACUUGCAUCAUUUUACCCAAGAUGUGAAGCACCAAAAUUUUUACCAUUAACUUUCAUCCACGAUGAAGAAGAAUUAACAAAAAAAUUAAGAGAGUAUGUUCUACCUCAAUUGAAACGUGGUGUUCCAGCUACUUUCUCUAACGUUAAACCAUUGUAUUUGAAGAGGAGAAAUGUGGUUCCAAAGUUAUUAGAAAAUAUUGUAACCCAAUACUUGUCAGAGCAAGACUCAAGGGAACAACCAAUCCCAUAUAUCUGGUCUUGUUACUUCCUGGCUCAACACCACUUGAACCUAAGGGAUUAUCAAAAAGCUCAAGAAUACGUGGAAAAAGCCAUCGAACAUACCCCAACUAUGGUUGAGUUCUAUCUGAUGAAGGCUCGUAUUUUAAAACAUACCGGUGAAUUAGAGAAGGCUGCAUUGGUUUUGGAAGAAGGUAGAAAGCUAGACUUGCAAGAUAGAUUUAUCAAUUGUAAAGGUGUUAAAUAUUACUUGAGAGCCAACCAAGUUGAUAAAGCCGUUGAAGUUGCAUCAUUAUUUACCAAGAAUGACGAUUCUGUGAAUGGUGUUAAAGACCUUCACCUUGUCGAGGCUUCUUGGUUUAUCUCUGAACAAGCCGAAGCUUAUUACAGAAUUCACAUAUCUGCCCAAAAAAAAUUGGAUGAACUGAGAACUCAAACUGUGGAUUCUGAUAAAGGUGACUCAAAUGCUGAAAUUAAGGAUUUAGAAUGGUCUGUACAGAAAUAUAAGGGCUUAUCCUUAAAGAGAUUUUAUGCUAUCAGUAAAUUCUAUAAACAAUUUGAAGAUGAUAAAUUGGAUUUCCACUCGUAUUGUAUGAGAAAGGGUACUCCACGUGCUUACUUAGAGAUGUUACGUUGGGGUGAACGUCUAUACACUCAACCAAUGUAUGUUCGUGCAAUGAAUGGAGCAUCUAAGAUAUAUUUCAAUUUGUAUGACAAUUCAUUGAAACGUAAACAAGAAGAGGGCAACGAUGAAACUGUAAAAUUAACUGAAAAUGAUAAAAAGAAGGCCAAGAAGGAAGCUGCAAGUCUAACAAAACGUAAAAAUGAGGAAAAGAAACAAGUACUUUCAUAUUCGGAAGAAGAAGAUCCUGAUGUGUUCGGUGAAGAGUUAUUGGCCACCAAGACACCAUUGCAAUCUUUCGGUGAUAAUUUCUACCAAAAUUAUAGCAAACAAGCAAAGGACUACGAAAGAAAUCAUGUCAUCGAUUUUGGAUAUCAAUAUAGAAAUGGCAAGCUUGCAUUAUGUCUAGGUGCACUUUCCAAAUUUGAAAAGAAAUAUAAUCAAAAAUCUGGAUUAUUUGGUGCUAUGGCUAUUGUAUUGUUAUUAGCUACCAAAGAAAGUAGUUCUAUGGAUAUGAUUGCUAAGAAAGUAGCCACGAAGGGAUUAGAGACCGAUUACUCCUUUUUACCUUUAAAUGAAGUUGAGAAUGAAUCAUUUGAUUGGUUAAACUAUUUCAAGGAAAACUUUAAUAGUCUUGAUUUGAAUGCUUUAAUAUUUUUAAAACAGACUUCUUUAUUUGAGGAUGCAAGAGUUAAUGAAAUGAUUUUGAGUGCUAUCUCUCAAGAUGAACCUCUAUUACAAAACUAUAUCUUACAAUAUGUCUUAUAG